AUGGAACUUGAAGCAUUGAAUUCUCUGAAUACUACAUCGCCGCCAUUUCAUUUGGAUAAAGCCGGCCUAAGCUCUUUUAGGCAGUGGCUGAACGGUAAGCGAUCAAGGCGACCACAUAGCGUGGAACAAAAUGAACCAACUGAAGAAGAACAUUUAGCUAUUUGCCUUAUGAUGUUAGCUCGUGGAGGCAGCCCCGCCACAACAGCCGCACUGCUGCAGAAACAAUCGCAAUCAGAAACCCGUCUGCCCCCAGAUUCUACGAAGGUUAUGUAUAAGUGUUCGGUAUGUGGCAAAGCUUUCGGAUCUUACCAAGCUUUGGGAGGGCACAAGACGAUCCAUCGAAAGAAAACUGGCAGUCGUGACAGAAUUCAAGAAAACUCCACAAUCUCUGCCUCCGCUACCACCACUACUUCUGCCAUCACAAAGUGUUGCAGGACCCAUAAGUGUUCCAUCUGCCACAAGUGUUUCCCCACCGGCCAGGCUUUGGGAGGCCACAAAAGGCGCCACUAUGAAGGAGGCGCCACUAGCAACGGCGGCGGAGCUGCCAGCAGCGCUAUUACAUCGUCAGAACGUGUACAGUCUACUGUUACUCACCGGGACUUUGACUUGAACUUGCCGGCGCUGCCACAAUUCCGGCCGGACUUUGGCUCAGGCGAAGACGAAGUCGAGAGCCCUCAUCCGGCAAAGAAAUUUCGCCUUUAG